UCAUACCUCAGUCUAUAAGAAUCCCGACUUCUUGCCUGACUUUGAUUUUAAUUGUCUCUCAAAUUUUACCAAUUUUUACCAAACUUUUAAAAUUAAGCGAAAUGAUUUCUGUCAGAAAUUUGUUCUGCAUUUUCCUCCUUUGUGGAAUCUUAUCCAAAAGUGACGCUGGUUUCAGCCAAGGGGAGCCAGGCACAGAUCCGUAUGGGUUUGGAAAUGUGAAGGAAACUUGCAAAACUCCACCAUUUAUAGCGGCAAACUUUAACCCUGCCUGGACGUCUACUUACCCCGAACUGUACUUCGUCAUGAUGAGUAAAGAGCAUUUGACCCGACUGACGCAACAUCUUUUCCACUCCGUUGCUGUUCCACCUCUGACCCAGGACGAUCUGGACCACGGAUGCUUCACCCUGACCCAAUAUCCAUUAAACGGAGGGUCACAACAUACUGUUACAGGGUACGGAAAUCUGACGCUGGAUCAGUUUGUUUAUCCACUCGGAUUCCCUGGAUUUCUACGGUUCGAUAAGAUGUUCGAACGUGGGGACGUUGGUGGCGUCUCGGUCCUUUCACUCUCCAACAAUUUAUCUUUCAACUUGGGUGUGGCUUGUUUUGACGAUGGGGCCGGCACUUGGUUGGUCAGCUCACCGAAUAAAUGUCUUACAGAGAUCGAAACAUACGCAAUCUCGCAACAUUUGCUUUCCCUUGGGUUUAAUCCGGAUAAUUUUGUUUCCGUUGAUUUCAACAAAUGCUAAGGUUUCAUAUCGUUAAAAAUCAUGCAGUAGUGAAUGUACCUAUUUGAAAUUCGAAAGCAUAACUUUUGCUCAUUUUUAAAAUUUUUGACAAAUUUUUGUUGUAAAACAUCGUAUUUAUUUAUUAUUAUUAAAUAAAUUCUUUCCACAGUUUGAAUCACAUGCAAA